GAAAGUGCGGGAGGGGCUGGGAAGUUUCAAGGCUCCCCCUCCCUCCUGGUGGGUGGAUAGGCGGCUGUGUUAAGGCCCCCUCCUCCCCACAUCUCUCUGAGCACAUAGGGCCAUGGAGGGGAGUAAACAGGUUCCCAGUGACUUUGCACCCAAGGCAGAGGAGCUGCUAUUGCUGGUGAAACAACUGCAGGAUGCAGGGACCCUGGAGCCCCGAAUGGAUGACCUGGUAGGAAGGAUCAGCAGACUGCAGCGAGCUAAGCAGAAUCUGAGCCAGGAGCUGCAUGAUGGGCAGGUGCGCAGCGAGGAACUGCAAGCGGAGCUGGAGGAGUUGAACGAGGAGAAGUCGAACCUGGAGGAAAUCUGCAGCCAGAAGCAAGAGCUCCUGCGGACCCUGCAGCUCCGCUGCCAGGAGACAGAGGCCGAGGCCCAGCGGCAGCAGACGCUGUCCCAGGAGCGGAAGCAGAGCAUCGAGGAGCUGACUACGAAGAUCCAGGAGGAGAAGCUGAAGCAGCGGAAACAGAGGCUGGAAUUUGAGCAGCAGCUGGACGAGCUGAUGGAGAAGCACAAGAGCCUCCAGGAGGGCCACAGCAUGGAGAAGCUGGCUGCCGAGAUCGGCAGCAUGGCCGAGAGCAAGGAACGUUUGCUGAGCGAAGACAAGCUGAUCCAAGACAACCUGGCCCAGGUCGAGAAGCAGCUGGGCUCCCUGCCGCAGGCAGAGGCAGCUCCCAGCCAGGAGAGGAUGUUCCUGAAGAGCCAGGAGGCCAGCACUGCCCUGCAGCUGUUCCAACAGGAAAACAAGAGAGCGACCGAGUAUCUGGAGGCAGCUUCGCGCCGCCACUCAGAACUGCAGCAGAAGUUCAAGAGGCUGAGGGCUGAGCUGGAAGCCCAGCAGGGCUCCAGGGGUGACUCGGCCAGCAUGGAAACAGAUGCCUAAUACCCCCCUCCCCAGCGAGAGCUUGAAUGGCGCCCCCCCGAGGAUCAGCCUGGGGUUAAGUCACCUCUGGAUGUAUCGGGCUCCUUGUUAUGAAUAAAAACAUCCUUCCCUCCAC